CUCAGUCUCUCACACUCAAAUAAACGCCCCAAACACCAAGUAGGGUUCCAUUGACAAUGGCCGCCGCCGUCCGGGAUCAAAUCCUUACUAACGCCAAGGUCCUCUUCGGCCCAACCAAGAAGUUUGAGAUCGUCACCUGCCUCGUCAUGGUUGGCCAAUACGGAAACAUCCAGGCGUCUCAAGCCAUCCUCGUUGAGAUCGACUCAGACAGCGCGGCCUACAAGACUCAUCUUGUUGGGCAGCCUGCUGAGCAGCUCGAAGCGGCCUACGAGGAACUCCAUAUCGAGGUGCGGCGGCUGAUUUACCAGAAGUUCUCCGAGAGCCUUGAGCCGGACUCCAUGAUUGAGCCCGGACCGACCACGCUGGAGGGCACGUUGGACUGGUGAUCCAUAGAAGCAAGGCAUGCCGGGCAUGGUUGCGGAGGAGACAGUACAGAUAUUGUAUGGCGUCAUGCUAGUACGUAGACGGGUAGGAUGGAGACGACUGGGGGGGUUGAUGGGGUUUUUACUAGUCUUUGCCAUGCAAGUGUCAUAUAUGGAAGCAAUUAAGUCCAGACCGCCUUCCAUCUUUCCCAUAUCCUAAUGGGAUAGUUCCAGGAUGACUCAUUUUGGAUUGUAUCGUACACCGUGACU